AUGCAAGCCUUGGGUUUCCGACGCUCGCUCUUCGCGGGGCGGGGUUUAACGGCGGCACGCGCGCACGCGGGGCUGGGACUAGCGCUGCGCCACUCGCCUAAGGCCUCCCACGGCGCGCCGAGUCCUGUGCGGCUCUCCACUUCGGCGGCUGCGGCGGCCGGGUCGCAGGGCGAGCAGUCACGACAGGCGGGGGAAGGGGGGCGGGCAGGCGGGAGGCAGGGAGCGGGCAGCAGCGUGGGGUUCAGGGAGCGGGGCGGGAGUGGGGCGGGGGGAGCGCACGUGCGCGGAGGAUGGCGAGGGCCCCGCGGGGAGAGCAGGGAGCGCUGGGCGGCGGGUGGAGAAGGGGCAAAAGAUGCAAGGAGCGGGGUCCAUGGCGUGGCGGGCGGUGGGAUUGGCGCGGAAGGAGAGCGGGCGAGGUCAGGCGGGCGAGGUGGUGGGCGGGUGGACACGUGGGGGGAUUCGAGAGGCGGGAGGGUUGAUCGGGGGAUGGGCAACGGGAGGAGAGGAAGCGAUUCUGGUCUCAGGGGGGAAGACGAGAGGUCAGGGGCGGAUAGGUGGAGGGAGGGGGGCGGGGGGCGAUGGAGGGGGAGCGCGCAGGAAGCGAGGGGAGGCGCAAGUGGCGCGCCUGCGUGGGCUAGAGGCGCGCACCUGCCUCGGGGGAAUGGUGACGCCUUCAGAUCAGCUGAUGACGUGGAGCUCUAUGAUUCGCCAGCAAUGCAAGGUGGGGGCGCGCGCUUUCCGUGGGAGGAGGGCGCUGAAAGGGGCGAGGGAUGGGGGCAUGGCGGAGAGGGGAGGAGGGGCGAGGGGCGGGAUGAUGACUCAGGCCGGGCAGCACGGGCGCGCGUGGGCGCAGAGGAUGGGUGGCGGGGCGUGGCAGGGGGGGAGCAGCAGGGGGAGGAGUUCCCGUGGCUGGGAAGGGGGAGGGGCGGAGGGGCAGGCGGCGGGGUGCAAGGGGAGGCGGUAGGUGUGCGGGAAAGGCGGGUGCGGCAGGCGUGGGUGGCGGAGGUGAGUCUGCCGCCCAGUGAGCUGAGGCGGCUGCGGGCGGCAGUGAUGGUGCUGCGGCAGCCGGUGAAGGUGGGGCGGCAGGGCGUGACAGAUGGCAUAGUGGCGGCGGUGCAGGCGCGGUGGCGCGCCGGGCACGAGGUGGUGAAGGUCAGGUGCGAGGGGGCGCCCGCCUUCAACAUGCGCCACACACACGAGCAGAUCGAGCGUCUGACGGGCGGCAUGGUGGUGUGGCGGGCGGGGGCAGCGCUGGCAGUGUACCGUGGCCCGCAGUACGGGCAGGGGGGCGAGGGGCAGCGGGCGCAGGGGCAACGGGGGGAGGGGCAGGUGGGGGAAGUGGGGGAUGCAGCAGAAGCGGGGUUGGAGGAGAUGGGGAGUGAUGGUGCGAGGGUGUGGGGAGAGGGAGAGAUGAGUGAUGGGGAAGUGGAGGGCGAGGGAGAGGGGCGGCAGGGCGAGCAGCAAGAGGCAGCGCUUGUGAGUGGGGCAAGCGGUGGUGAGGGGCAGCAGGAGUGGGGAGGGCAAGGUGGGGAGGGCGGGGUGUCAGCAGCAGCAGCAGCAGGCGAGGAGGACGUGACGUUGGGGCUGGGUCCCAAGGUGGCGGGGUGGGAGCGGGCCGGCCAUGCCCCCGUGGACGCCGACCUGCUGCUGGGGGGAGCAGCCGCGGUGGGGUACCGGGCGCCGUUCCGACUGGUGCCAUACGGCGUGAGCAGCAAGCUGAGCAACGAUGACAUGACCCGCCUGCGCCACCUCGCCAGGAAGCUGCCUCCCCACUUCAUGCUAGGGCGCAACAACGGGCUGGAGGGGCUGGCGGCGGCGGUGGUGGCGCUGUGGGAGUGCAGCGAGGUGGCCAAGAUUGGCGUCAAGCGCGGCGUGCAGAACACCAGCAACGAGCGCAUGGCGGAGGAGCUCAAGAGGCUGACGGGGGGGGUGCUAUUGGCGCGCGACAAGUUCUUCAUCUCGCUGUACCGCGGCAAGGACUUCCUGCCCGCCGCCCUCGCCUCCACCCUCGCAGCACGGCAGCACCACGCGCGGCAGAGUGCGGACGAGGAGGAGAGGGAGCGCCUGCUCGCCCUGCCCUCGCUGCUUCUGCCCUCGCCCUCCGGCUCUGCACACGGCGAGGGGGGCGCAUGGGGAGCCUCUGCUGGCAGCGCAAGGCGCACUGAGGGAGAGGGAGACACGGAGGGCACGCAGGGGGCAGAGAGUGCGGAGGAGGAGGUGGAGGGGCAGUUGGUGGAGGAGGAGCGGCGGCGGCGGCGAGAGUCCAUAGAGGCUUCCAGGCGGCUGGCACUGGCACGGCAGAUAGAGCAGAAGCUGGCUCAGGCGCUGCGCAAGAAGGGGCGGGCGGAGGAGCAGUUGGAGAAGCUGCAGGCGGUGCUGCGGCCGGUGGAGGUGCCGGCGGACAGUGAGACGCUCACAGAGGAGGAGAGACACAUGUUCCGCAAGCUCGGCCAGAAGAUGCGCGCCUACCUUGAAAUGGGCAAGAGGGGCGUGUUUGCGGGGCUGGUGGAGAACAUGCAUCUGCACUGGAAGCACCGCGAGCUGGUCAAGAUCAUCUGCAAGGAGCGCGACCGCCGCCGCGCAGAGGACGUGGCGGGCAUGCUGGCAGUGGAGAGUGGGGGCGUGCUGGUGGACGUGGUGGCGGUGAAGAAGUACCACGCCAUCAUUGUGUACCGCGGCAAGAACUACUCUCGCCCCUCCGUGCUGCGCCCCAAGGGGCUGCUCACCAAGCGCCAGGCGCUCAAACGCGCCACCGAGGAGCAGCGCCGCGCCUCACUGGAGGCACACAUGAGGGACCUCGACACCGCCAUCUCCCGCCUCUCACAAGGCCUGGCAGAGGCAGAGAAAGGGGUGCAGGUGAAGCCUGGCGAGAUAGCGCCUCUUUCCCGCGCCUCCCUCCCUUCUUCGCCUCUCUCUCUCGACUCCGCCACCAGCACUGGCAGCAGCGCCAGCGGCAGCAGCAGCACAGGGAGGGACACAUGGGAGGAGGGCAGCGAGGCAGGUGUGGGCGGGCCUUCCCCACUGUCGCCUGCUGCAGAGGCGGAGGCAGCAGAGAUUGACGCACUCAUUGCUGCCAGCAUGCAGCCGCAGCUGCAGCAGCAGGAGCAGGAGGAGGAGAGGCAGCGGCAGCAGCGGGAGAGGGAGGCAGUACGGGAGACGCGGCGUGUGGGCAGGGAGGAGGUGAGGGAGCGGGCGCUAGUGGGCCCUCUCUUCAGGGCCCCUCCCCUCUCGCGCUCCCAGCGCCUCGACCUCAGGCGCAGGGCCCUCACCCUCGACUCCACUGCCGCCUUCCAAGUUGGUCAGUGCACCCACCACCCCUGCCGCCCCUCUCUUGCACUCCCACCCCUUGGGUCCCCAUCCCUCGCUCUCACUUGCAAUCAUCCACCUGCUGUCUUCCUCUCUUCCUCCACUCUCUCACUCUCAUCCCCCUUUUGUGUUAUAUGUCGCAUCCCAUCCACUCUCUCACUCUCAUCCCCUUUUUGUGUUAUAUGUCGCAUCCCAUCCACAUGCAACUGUGCCUGCAUGUGCGUGGUGCCCUUGACGUUCGCAUGCCUGCACGUGCAUGGUGUGUCUCUGUGCAUGGUGCCCCUGGCUGGCAUGGCCACAGGGCGCAGCAACGUGGUGGAGGGGCUGGCGAGGGCCAUCCGCCUGCACUUCACACGCCAUGCGCUCGUGAAGGUGGGCAUCCGAGGCCGGGCGGCGGGCACGCCAGCACAAGAGAUCGUCAAGCAGCUCGAGGUGAGUCACGGCGCUGGGGGCAUGGCUGGCUGCGCCCUUGCUGCCUCGCGGGUGUGUGCUGUUGCUUGUUUGUGUUUGAUUCGAGCGUCUGUGGCACUGACUGGGGUGGCGUGUGCUGUGUGGCGUGCGCAGGAGGCGACUGGGGGGGUGUUUGUGUCGCAGGAGCCGUCCAAGGUGGUGCUGUACCGCGGGUGGGAGGACGGGCAGCCCGCCCCCUGGGAGGGGCCUCGUGUGAUGCAGGUGACACCGCAGAUGGUGGCCGCCAUGCAGAGCGAGGCUGGCAGUGACCUGGGCAUGCACGCCGUGGAGGGUGUGGAUGGCGUGGAAGGCACUGGAAGUGAGGGGGAGGUGGAGGAGGAAGAAGGGGAGUCGUGGACAGACCAGUUUGAUCAAUAUGGCACCGAGGUGAUCAAAGAAGAUGUAGGGCUGCUACAUGGCCAACAGCACAGCGAGAUUCGUGAUUCGUGA